CGCAGCCUGCCAACGGCUCUUCUUUACCUGUGGACACAUGCCCGCCCGUAAACCUCCCCCAACCGUGUCAAACCCUUCCCCAGGGCCCCCGGGGCCUUAAAUUUGUCGGACGACUAAGAUAAGGAAUUUACCCCCGAACUAAACACGCAGGGAAGGUUGUAGCUACCAGGGGUUGUAGCUUUGCACAGUUUGCUGACGUAAAUAUAUCCACCGGAGACGUUCUGUAUUGCUGUCCGGUUCAAUACUGUUUUCACCAAGUCACCCUGGAGACGAUUGUUUGAGGGUCGUCAGAACUCUUAGAUCAGCCUCCAGAGUGUGAGUGGUCAAGAUGCUGUGCCACGUGCUCUUCGCACUACUCGCGGCGGUGUGCGCUGCCCAGAGGUGGGACGUCCAAAGGUGAGUACUAACGUUGCUAGGGUUACUAUCAGCGGGAUCUUCGUGUAAUGGAUAUUUCGGGGGAAUUCCGCGCCGGUAUUUUCAUGCACCUCUCGGGGCGUCAUUGUUACAACUUUCAUUUUCAUUUCUUGCUUUUCUUAAAUUUAUUUUUUGUAAGAAUUAAAUUUUGUAUUCUCUGAUAUAAUUUUUGUUUUUCAAUAAAAUAAAUAUUGAUAAUAUUUUAUGGUUCAGAUAUUAUUUAAAGCAACAAAGGUCAAGGUUCUGAAAUAAUGUUACACGAAUGAACGAUUUCUAAUGGAUGAUUACUCAUUUAAAAAAAACAAAAUUUGAAAACAAGAUCUUCAAGUGGCUCGAAAUGUUUUAGAACUUUCCAUAAGUUCCAUCACAUAUCUGAUUCCUAUUGGUUUAAGGUGAUAAGUUUUGAAUCCUGUUUAAGUCUGUUACUCCAGCUGGGAUCACCAUUACCUCCCUGCCUCCACCCCACACCCCACACCCCAAACAUUUGUGUCGUAAAAAUAAAUUUUAAAAAGAAAGCAAGGAUUUUGAUGCUUUAUAUCUUUUUAAAAAAACAGAGCGAUUUUUGUGAUACUUUAUAUUCUUUAAAAUCAAAGCUUUGAAUUUUUACCCUUUACAUUCUUUAAAAAUAAAGAUGUGAUUUGAAUGUUUUAUAUCUUUUUAAAAAUCUUAAUAAGAAACUCCGAUACAAUGAAAUAUUUUAUGGUUCUAACUUUAAAAAAAAAUAUUUUUAAAACGCUAAUAUUAUUUCUUUCAUUCGACCUACUAUCAGCUUUAUUAUCACCCUAUUUAUAUAAAUAUGUUUGUCUGAUUUGGGUAUCUAAGACAGGUUUAAAUCUGUCAGAAUCAAUUGUUAUUUUUUUAUAAAUCAUAUUUACUAUUUAAUGUAUAUACAUCUACAAUAUCAGUGAAUUUUGAAUCGGUAGCGAAGCAAAGUAUUUUGUUGAAGCAAAGUAAGGUUUGUUGAAGUAAAUUGUUGAACAAGUUUUGUUGAAGUAAAUUGUUGAACAAGGUUUGUUGAAGUAAAUUGUUGUGGAAGGUUUGUUGAAGUAAAUUGUUGAGCAAGGUUUGUUGAAGUAAAUUGUUGAGCAAUGUUUGUUUAAGUAAAUUGUUGAACAAGGUUUGUUGAAGUAAAUUGUUGAACAAGGUUUGUUGAAGUAAAUUGUUGAACAAGGUUUGUUGAAGUAAAUUGUUGAACAAGGUUUGUUGAAGUAAAUUGUUGAACAAGAAGUAAAUUGUUGAACAAGGUUUGUUGAAGUAAAUUGUUGAACAAGGUUUGUUGAAGUAAAUUGUUGAACAAGGUUUGUUGAAGUAAAUUGUUGAACAAGGUUUGUUGAAGUAAAUUGUUGAACAAGUUUUGUUGAAGUAAAUUGUUGAACAAGGUUUGUUGAAAUAAAUUGUUGAACAAGGUUUGUUGAAGUUACUUGUUGAACAAGGUUUGUUGAAGUAAAUUGUUGAGCAAGGUUUGUUGAAGUAAAUUGUUGAACAAGGUUUGUUGAAGUAAAUUGUUGAACAAGGUUUGUUGAAGUAAAUUGUUGAACAAGGUUUGUUGAAGUAACUUGUUGGACAAGUUUUGUUGAAGUAAAUUGUUGAGCAAGGUUUGUUGAAGUAAAUUGUUGAACAAGGUUUGUUGAAAUAAAUUGUUGAGCAAGGUUUGUUGAAGUAAAUUGUUGAGCAAGGUUUGUUGAAGUAAAUUGUUGAGCAAGGUUUGUUGAAGUAAAUUGGUGAGCAAGGUUUGUUGAAGUAAAUUGUUCUCAGUAAAAAUUGAUCGCAUUUUUUUUGUGUUAACACCGUAAGCAAUCGAAUGAGAAUACCGUUGGUUGGUCUUUGUGGUCAUCAUCUUAGUGCACCAAUCAGUAUAAUUUUUAUUUAUUUAUUUUUAUUUAUUUAUUUUUUUUUGGGUGGGGGGCGGAGAGACAACUUGCAAUUUGAUUGCAAACCAGCGACCCCCCACUCCCCCGUUUCCAAAAUCAGCUAAUUGACCAAACUACCCUUUGGUUCUUUAAACUACUUUUUCUUAAAAAGCUAACACUACCUUGAUACGAGCCCAUGAUUAAACAGGUCUGCGAAUGGUCAAACAUGUUGAACUCCAAGGGCCAGACAGCCACACACACACACAUAUUAUUUCCUAGAGCUAGAAUCCAUCUCACAACUGAAGAGUGUUUUACAAGAGCAUUGUUCGUGUAGCUAAAAUCAAUGGGCUUGCAAUAGGACUGUCCCACCCUGGGGGCUUGCAAUAGGAUUGUCCCACCUUGGGGGCUUGCAAUAGGAUUGUCCCACCCUGGGGGCUUGCAAUAGGACUGUCCCUCCUUAGGGGCUUGCAUUAGGACUAUUCCACCCUGGGGGCUUGCAUUAGGACUGUCCCACCCUGGGGGCUUGCAUUAGGACUGUCCCACCCUGGGGGCUUGCAUUAGGACUGUCCCACCCUGGGGGUUGCAAUAGGACCGUCCCACCCUGGGGGCCUGCAAUAGGAUUGUCCCACCCUGGGGGCUUGGAACAGGACUGUCCCACCCUGGGGGCUUGCGUUAGGACUGGUCCACCCUGGGGGCUUGCGAUAGGACAUCGAAAAGGCACUUAACACUUAACAGCGAAAUUACACACUUGUGUCUACGUUAGAGUCAGGCGGAGGCCUAACAAAGAUACACGUAGAUGGGGGAAAACACGCGAUCUACAAUGCUUUGUUUCCCACCCUGGGGGCUUGCAAAAGGAUUGUCCCACCCUGGGGGCUUGCAUUAGGACUGUUCCACCUUGGGGGCUUGCGUUAGGACUGUUCCACCCUGGGGGCAUGCAUUAGGACUGCCCUACCAUGAGGGCUUGCAUUAGGACUGGCCCACCCGGGGGGGCUUGCAUUAGGACUGUCCAACCAGGGGGAUUGCAUUAGGAUUGUCACACCCUUGGGGCUUGCAUUAGGAUUGUCCCACCCUGAGGGCUUACAAUAGGACUGUCCCACCCUGGGGGCUUGCAUUAGGAUUGUCCCACCCUGAGGGCUUACAAUAGGACUGUCCCACCCGGGGGGCUUGCAUUAGGACUGUUCUAUUCUGGGGGCUUGCAUUAGGACUGUCCCACCGUGAGACACUGUAUUAUUAUUCCCUCCUUAUCAUAACAAUGAAAGGUCAAAGAAAAACCUUUAGUCGACUUAACCUGGAUGUAGCAUCGUGUCUUGAGUAUUACGAAAGCAGCGGAGUUCCCGGCGGUAUUUCUUACACCGCGGAGGUAAAUGCGAAGGACACAAAUAUCCGAGAAAAUACUCGAAUAAUUUAUCUCAGGCCCAGCCGUCACCAAGUAACAUGUCCGCUUAAUUAUGCAAGCCCAUUAGCUCUGCAGACAACACGCUUGGACCACGCCAGUUACUUGAUGGGCUGAAAGUUGCAAUAUGUUGUCAUAGGUAGGUUCUGCUCAAGGGCAAGUGUCGUAACGGGCGAUAGACAUAGUGGUAUUAUAUGGACGCCAGCUUUUCUUUUUUUUUAAACAAAGGAAGUAAGAAAAGGCUUCGAGAUUAAUUGAUGAACAGGAAAUGACGACACGUUCUCUUUGGCGAAAUAUUUGUUUCAAUGAUAAAACAAGGAACGAAACAAACGUUUUAAAAAAUAUUAAUAAAUAAUGGAACACAAAGAGAAGGGCGUCCUGGUCAGGGGUGGGUUGGGUGAGAGUGUGGGGUGGAGGUGACAGUGUACGGGCUCACGGUGUAUCUAUGAGAGAAGAAGAUAACAGUGUCAGAAAGAUAUGCAGGGCAUUCUUCCGGCUUCGCGAAACGAUGGAGUAGCUAUGUACACUUCAACGAAUACUAAGCCGAUCAUGGAAUAGCAAUCUCGACUGAAUUAUAAGAUAAAGCAGAUAUAAGUACAUUGAUUGAGGUGACCAGUCCCCUUUCAAGCAUGGUAACUGUGUUUCUUUUUUUAAAAAUAAUGUAUCCGCCAUUGCUUACAAAAUAUUACAAAUGACACACAACGGCCCUUGACAUUUCGGUAGGCGUUGCAAAGGGCUGGCGAAGCCUUUGUGUGGAUGAGAUGAUGAAUUGUCAUAGAUAUAGUUUUGUUUUGGUAUGAUUGUGGAGUACAUUAAUUUUACUUUAAACAAAUGUCUAUAAAUAUAGCAAUCUUAUCUUUUAUGUGAAAAUUAUGGUGGAUUAAGGACAUAACUAUGACGUCAUUUCCAGGGCCAGGUGCAAAAUUACGAUAAAAUUAUGAAAUGCGCCUAUAAUGAGGUAUAAUAUCAUUGUCUUUCAAAAACCGACGAUGAUUUUCGGAAGCCUCUAAAGAUCGGGUCUAGGGUCCUGGGUCUAGGGUCCUGGGUCUAGGGUCCUGGGUCUAGGGUCCUGGGUCUAGGGUCCUGGGUCUAGGGUCCUGGGUCUAGGGUCCUGGGUCUAGGGUCCUGGGUCUAGGGUCCUGGGUCUAGGGUCCUGGGUCUAGGGUCCUGGGUCUAGGGUCCUGGGUCUAGGGUCCUGGGUCUAGGGUCCUGGGUCUAGGGUCAUAGGUCUAGGAUCCUGAGUCUAAGGACCAGGGUCCUGGGUUUGCUCCCUACCUUUCCCGGUGGAUAUUAUGGAUAACCCAACAAUCCAUUCUUCUUUUCGACGUAUUAUUUGCUUGAUAACAUGGAUGCUGCGAAAAGAGAAGAAUUUAAAUAUUUUGCUUCUGUUAAAACUUGAAAAGAAUCAACAUUGAAAUUCAUCGAUAACUUUUAGACACUGAUUAAUUUGUCAACAAUGACACUUAAUAUUUGAACCUAUUUGUGUGAAUUUGAGUCCCUUGUGAAUUCGCCUUGUUACUUAUGUGUCAACUAUACGACUUGUACGUGUGUGCAUGAUUGUGAGGACGGUGCAUAUUGCUCAACAUAGUUACUCGUGCCCGGUUUUAUUUAGUGCCAUCUGUCUUCGCAGCAUCUCACAAUCUCAUCCACGAAAAUUGUGUACAUAGUUUGUUUUUUAAAAAAAACAUUAUCUGAUAGCUUUUUUGUUCUCUGUUACUGUAUUUUUCUAACUGUCCUGGCAGGGGGUAAUUGGUACAAUGUCCCUCCAACUUGAUUGGUAGAAUGUCCCUCCAACUUGAUUGGUAGAAUGUCCCUUAGACUUGAUUGGUAGAAUGUCCCUCCAACUUUUCUUGAAUUUCACUUUAAAAAAACCAAAAAGACUUGAAACUUUGUUACAGAUUGCAAUGUAGAAUUAAGUCUGGUGGAGUUUUCCUUUAUUUUCAGAGUACUUCCCUGUGCUAGUUGAGUAUUUUCGUGUCCUAGUUGAAGAACCUAUCUGUACUAAUUGAGUACUUUUCUGUUCUAAUUGAGUACUUUCCUGUACUAAUUUAGUUCUUUUCUGUACUACUUGAGUACUUUUCUGUCCUAUCAGUACUUUCAUGUCCUAGUUUAGAACCUCUUUACUAGUUGGACACUUUCCUGUCUAAGUUGAGUACUCAGCUUUAUUUUUUGAAUUCUUCACUGUCAGGUUUGUUGCUCAACAAUUAUCGUAUCCGAAUUUGUUAGUUAUUGUAAGACUUAUUUGAUAGCCAGAAGUUACUAUAGUUAUUGUGGGACUUAUUUGAUAGCCAGAAGUUACUAUAGCUAUUGUGGGACUUAUUUGAUAGCCAGAAGUUACUAUAGUUAUUGUGGGACUUAUUUGAUAGCCAGAAGUUACUAUAGUUAUUGUAAGACUUAUUUGAUAGCCAGAAGUUACUAUAGUUAUUGUGGGACUUAUUUGAUAGCCAGAAGUUACUAUAGUUAUUGUAAGACUUAUUUGAUAGCCAGAAGUUACUAUAGUUAUUGUAAGACUUAUUUGAUAGCCAGAAGUUACUAUAGUUAUUGUGGGACUUAUUUGAUAGCCAGAAGUUACUAUAAGUAUUGUUACAGCUUUGGUUGUGUUACAGAAACAAUCGAUGACAUUUGAUCUGUUUGAGAAACUAAUGACGCCUGUAGUAAAAUAGAACUGAGACAACUGGUUUCUCGGCCCACAACAUCUCCCCCCCUCCCUUUUUUUUCCUCCCCCAAAUCCCUGGAUUUAACUUACACGUCUUCCCUAUCGGCACACGUGUAGUCUCCCUUUGGUGAGCCUUGAAGACAAUAACGUUGACUGGAAUGUGUUAGAACUUGGUGGGUGUUGGCCUUUACUUAAAUGGCGAUCUAGGCCUGGAGAUAAACUUUUGAAAAAGGUGAAACACCAUCCCCCCCCCCAACCCGCCCGUCCCGAGAUGUUCGUUCAGACCUUUUAAAAGAGGGUUGGAAAUGUUUCCCUAUUAAUGCACCUCCUCAGAACAAAAUAGAACACAUUCUACUUAUCAUUGUAACCUUCAGCUUUAAAAUAAAUGGGGGAAAAAAAUUAAUUAUUGUAACAUUUUUUUAUAUUAAAACAUAAGCCGUUGUAAUAGUUUUAUUUCAUUUACACAUAAGUUGUUCUAAUAGCUUCUUUAUUCAAACAUAAACUGUUCUAAUAGUUUCUUUAUUUAAAUGUAAACUGUUCUAAUUUUAAAUAAAGAAACUAUUAGAACAGUUUCUAUUUAAAUAAAGAAACUUAGAAACUGUUCUAAUAGUUUUUUUUUAUUCAAACAUAAACUGCUCUAAUAGUUUCUUUAUUUAAAUAUAAACUGUUCUUAUAGUUUCUUCAUGUAAACAUAAACUGCUCUAAUAGUUUCUUUAUUUAAAUAUAAACUGUUCUUAUAGUUUCUUCAUGUAAACAUAAGUUGCUCUACUAGUUUUCUUUGUUUCUACAGACAUUAAAUUUGAGAUUUUAAAAAAAAAAUGUUUACUUCAGUGAAAUUCAGAAAUUGUAUUAAAAAAAUAAAAUUAAAAAAAUGUCUGCACAUUUUGUACAAAUCUUAAAAUAAAUGUAAGGUCGACCCUACCCAGAGGCGUAGUGAGGGGGGGCAGGGGGGGCAGAUGUCCCCGGGCGCAAGCUAGUUAGGGGCGCCAAAAUGUGCUUUGAUAUUAUAUUAUUGGUAAAAAUAAUCGGUUUGAGAGUUCAAAAAAAGAAAAGGGGGCGCUUUAAAAUGGAUCUUGUCCCCGGGCGCCAAAAACCCUCGCUACGCCUCUGUCCCUUUUUUAACCAGAAGUCCACAAUUGACCGUAUUUUCAAAGCUGUGAAUUUCUCCUUAAGCCCCUGACGUGCUAACAAGACUGCCCCCAUCCACCCCUACACCACGCCCCCCCUGGGGGUCUACUAUCACGUGAUCUUAUGACUACUAAGCACCUUUGAGUUUCGGUUAAUGUAUUAACUUCCUUCUCAGGGCGAUCCUCCCAAUGACAGCCAUCAAUCAUCUACUUAACAACGUCCACGCAGACCUUCAUUAAAUUUUAAAAGAACACGUGAUGGGAUUUUUUUUCCCCAUUAAUAUUUUAAAAUGUACGUUAUAUAACGUCCAAGGUUCUCAAUCGGUUUAAAAUUAGUGAUGAGUCAUUAUGGUAGAUUUUUUUGGCGUAGUCGCCGCAUUGGGAAAUAAUGAGCUCCAGAAUAUGACAUUCCUAAAUCUGCUGUAAACCACGUGUCAAGAUAUAUAAUUAAUAAUUGGCAACUUUCAUGUAUCGCAUUGCAAAAACUACUUAUGGAGAGUUUAAAGGUUCAAGGUCGAACAAAUUGCAACUAAGACUCCGAUAGCUGACUGAAUUGGGCUGGUGCAACUAAGACUCCGAUAGCUGACUGAAUUGGGCUGGUGCAACUAAGACUCCGAUAACUGACUGAAUUGGGCUGGUGCAACUAAGACUCCGAUAACUGACUGAAUUGGGCUGGUGCAACUAAGACUCCAAUAACUGACUGAAUUGGGCUGGUGCAACUAAGACUCCGAUAACUGACUGAAUUGGGCUGGUGCAACUAAGACUCCGAUAACUGACUGAAUUGGGCUGUUAUCUUCAGAAGGUUGGGUUACGCCAGUGGUCGGCAAACUCAUUAGUCAAAAGAGCCAAAAAUCGCAGUAGAAUGAUUUUAAAAAAAUUUGAGAGCCACAUUUAUUUUCAAGAAUCUAUCAAAAAACAUUUGUGGCCGACUGGCCGAGCCACACUCAUGUCGCUUAAGAACCGCAUGCGACUCACGAGCAGCGAUUUGCCGAGCACUGGGUUAUGUGGAAAGUCUUGAUUUCGGUGAACUUCAUUAAUUGUUUCGUUGAGAGGCGGGCCUCUCACUCCGUUUUGCCAUGGGGCCCUUUCCAUCUGACAUGUCCUUGAAUAAGUAGCGCGGGGGGGGGGGGCUGCUUGAUGACGUCCGUGAAUUUGUGAUGUUAAUUCCGUGGAGCGCCCAUUGCUUUUUAAAAUUCGUUUCAUCACGUUUCACACCACCUUUGAGCUGCAGUANGGGGGGGGGGGGGGGGGGGCUGCUUGAUGACGUCAGUGAAUUUGUGAUGUUAAUUCCGUGGAGCGCCCAUUGCUUUUUAAAAUUCGUUUCAUCACGUUUCACACCACCUUUGAGCUGCAGUACGCUCCCUCGAAUAGGAAACAGCUGUUAUCUCUCUUCCCAAAUACAUGCUUCGGCAGUUCUCCAAAGAACUGCUUGCGGUCCUUGGGCUAUGGGCUCCAAGUGUUUCUUAAACCAUCAACAGGCAUAGGUAGACUUUAAAACUGCAUCGUAUUAUUUUUAGGCUUAUAUACAUAAUUACAUACAAACAUAUGUAUAUAAGCUAACUAUCUGGAAAGAAUGAGAGAAAGGCCCAAUUAUACUGUGGAGAUCUUCCUUUAUAAAAAAUAUAUAUAAUUUUUAAUAAAAACUACAAUUACUCCUGCUGUCUGUUACGUAAUUUACAGCUGAUUUAGUGUAUCGAGCACCAGGGACUCAACUUACAACAAUGACUCAGUUUGCAACAAGGACUCAAUUUACAACAAGGUCUCAAUUUACAAUAAUAAAUCAAUUUACAACAAUGACUAAAUUUGCAACAAGGACUCGAUUCACAACAACAUAAUUUAUAUUAGCAUUAUUCAAGUUUUCUUCUUUUAAUUAUGAAUCUCAACAAAGAACAUACAACGAAUUAAAAUCUAUUAAUAGUAGAGCCGACAAAAUCCUCGCUGUUGGUCAAAUGUGCAUUCCUUCAAAAUCUGUCCCACUCCUCUGCACGAUCUUAUUUCUUUCAGCACACAUUAUUUAUUUCUUUAUUCAUUUAUUUAUGGCUCCUGUAAAGUUCCCUAAGACUACGAGAUACACCUAUGAGAUGCGCCUCUCGUAUCCAGCCCGUUACACUUCUGAUUGCAUAACCACAUACACACACUCACACACAUAAGUUUCUAUUCUAACGCCCCACAUGCCAUCAAUUAAACUGUUGACACUUUAAACUUUUCAUAAUUCCAACAACAAAACUCGACUCGUUGGGUCCAAAAUAUCGUGUCUAAAUUUUCUGUAAAAGGGAGGCUAUGCAAACAUCCUCAUUAGCAUGCCUAAGUGUUUCAGGGGAGAUGAAUGAUGUGACGCAUGUUGUUCGCUGUAAACGUCCGCCUAUAGUAGACCAACAGCUUACUUGAUUGUUGGGGAACGUAGUUGGCCCAUCUGUGGGUUAUGAAGCAAAUAAAGUCAUUACAUUUAGACAUGCUUUUAAGGAGUUAAAUUUUUUUUCCUUCAAAACCUGUCAUUUAGGGGAUAGAAAGAAAGGGAAUAUUUUUGUCGCCCCCAUCUAAUUGCCGGGCGACUUGUACUUGUAAGUUGUGCGAAGAAGCCAUAAAAAAUUAUUUACCACAGAAGACAUCACCCGACUUGGCGCGGAAGUGUUCCGCAGGGGCGUAGCUUGGGUAAGUUUCGGCGGGGGGGGGUGGCAAAAAUUAAGUCACCCCCCAGCCAGGUCUAAGAAAAAAACUCUGCAGUUGGCCAAAAAAAAAAAAAAAAAAGGGGAGGGGGGGGGGGGGGAGAUUAGUGACUGUUGAGCCUUUGUUGACAUCACCUACAAAGUAUCUCUGGUAUAAUUAGUUCCACUUUAAAUAUGUAAAUAUAAAUGCAUGCUGUGUGUUGUUCACAACUGACAUUUUCGUGUUGCUGUUGUUGUUUUUUUUUUUAAAUUUCAACUUAUAUCAAGUGUUGCCAGAUGUUUUAUCUGUGUCAGAUGUAAACAUUUUGGUUUGUGAUUAUCCUUUACUAUUUUUUUUUAAAAGAUUAUUUUACGGUUAAAUUUAAGAAGCGUAACCAUACUUUAGUUGAAGUUGAAAUCAUGAAAUUCACUUUCAUCCUAGGAAAGGAUACCAAGAUAGUAUUACAUAAGUCAUCUGUUAUUAGCGUGUCCUCUCCAGGGCAAAGACAUUACAUGUUCGCAUUUAAUAUAUGUCUGUGACUAAAAAAGGGACAUUUUCAUUUUUCAACUAAAACGUACACAUCUGCUGUGCGUGUGUGGUAGGCAUUGUCAUAACUGGUAUUAGUUUGGGGGGGGGGUAUCGGGGUGUGUGGGGCAUUGCCAUAAUUGGUGCUAAUGGGAGGAGUUGGGGGUGUAGGGCAUUGCCAUAUUUGGUGCCAAUGUGAGGUGUUGGGGGUGUGGGGCAUUGCCAUAUUUGGUGCUAGUGGGGGGUUGGGGGUGUAGGGCAUUGCAAUAUUUGGUGCCAAUGGGAGGUGUUGGGGUGUGGGGCAUUGCCAUAUUUGGUGCUAAUGGGAGGAGUUGGGAUGUGGGGCAUUGCCAUAUUUGGUGCCAAUGGGAGGAGUUGGGGUGUGGGGCAUUGCCAUAUUUGGUGCUAAUGGGAGGAGUUGGGAUGUGGGGCAUUGCCAUAUUUGGUGCCAAUGCGAGGAGUUGGGGUGUGGGGCAUUGCCAUAUUUGGUGCUAAUGGGGGGUUUGGGGGUGUAGGGCAUUGCCAUAUUUGGUGCUAAUGUGGGGGGUUGGGGGUGUGGGGCAUUGCCAUAUUUGGUGCUAAUGGGGGGUUUGGGUGUGUAGGGCAUUGCCAUAUUUGGUGCCAAUGGGAGGUGUUGGGGUGUGGGGCAUUGCCAUAUUUCGUGCUAAUGGGAGGAGUUGGGAUGUGGGGCAUUGCCAUAUUUGGUGCCAAUGGGAGGAGUUGGGGUGUGGGGCAUUGCCAUAAUUGGUGUUAAUGGGAGGAGUUGGGGUGUGGGGCAUUGCCAUAUUUGGUGCUAAUGGGAGGAAUUGGGAUGUGGGGCAUUGCCAUAAUUGGUGUUAAUGGGAGGAGUUGGGGUGGGGGGCAUUGCCAUAAUUGGUGUUAAUGGGAGAUGUUGGAGGUAGUAGCAUUUUCAUAUUGGUAGUUAAAGGGGGGUGGGGGUGUGGGGUAUUGCCAUAAUUUGUGUUAAUAAGAGUCGUAACAAUCUCUUUAAGACUUAAACUCUGGAUCUAUAAAUAUCUCUGGGGUUUGAUUUUUUGUGCCAGACUCUCCAGAACCCAGAGAUUUAUUUAUUUUUUGAAGAGUAAACGUAUCAAAUUGUCUGCUAAGUAAGAUUUACGUGGCAGUCUUCUCAAAUUAUGCUAUCUAUUUGGAAGAAACUUCAACUAGCUCUUGCUGAGUUUGUUUUUUUUCCCCCGUAUCGUAUAUAAUUAUAACGCCAGGGAGUCGGAAGUUAUUUUACUCCCGUUGAAUUUUGUAUUUUAUCUCACGAUGACAGUGCUCCACCCCACCCCCACCCCCGUCCCCGAGGCUGGACCUCCAUCUUUGCCACUUUGAUACGCCAUCUUUGCCCCUAUACCCCUGUGUUUAAAGUCUCUUAUUGUGUCUUUGUUCCCCCUCCUCCUCCGCAACUCCUUUCUUAAUUGUUGUAACUCAUCUCAUAGAAAAUUUAAUCAUGGAUGUUUCUUGAUGGUCACCAGUACAACAUCCAAUUUCUGUUGACUUUAUCUAUCAUUGGGUACUUGACGUUGGUUGUCUAUCAUUGGUUAGCUGUCAUUGGUUAUUUGUCAUUGGCUGUCUGUCAUUGGUUAAACGUCAUUUGUUGUCAUUGGUUGUCUGUCAUUGUUUAGCUGCAUUUGGUUAAUUGGCAUUGAUUGUCUGUCAUUCGUUAGCUGUCAUUUAAUUGACAUCGGUUAGCUGCCAUUGGUCAACUAAUUGGCUCAUAUUUGGCAUCGAUUAAGUUGGCAGUGGUAACCUGGCACAGGUUAUCUUGCAUUGGUUAACCAUCUUGUAUCUAAAAGUGUUGCUCAAAUGAUUAUACCUGAUGCGUCUGUGCUGAGUGACCUUUGGGAGAGGGGAUACUUCUGGGUACAUUUUAUCGACCGUCGCUGACUGCGGGAAGUAAACGAUGGCUUGGUGGUGGCUCAAACUUUCCGACUAUUCCAAGGUUUCAGAGUGGACUAUGUGAGAUGAAGUUGUCUAAACUGUCUCUUUUCAUAAUGGCCAUCAAUGAUGAGCAUAGGUGGUGGGAAUUCGCGCUUAAAAAUUCAGCAGCCGCAAAACAGGAAAGACCAUGAUGUGGUAUUUUUCUUGUAGAAACAGAUUGUUACUUCUAAUACGUUAUUAUUCAUUUGUUCAUUUGUUGCUGAAAAAUCCAGUUAUAUCAAAAGAUACGCGGGAGUGCCCUGAGUCACAUUUGUAUUGCUAAUACUAAUAUAAUCAUGAGUUCAAGGAAGUAGUCGUAAUAUAUAUUAUAUUUUUUAAAACUAUUAAUGUGAAGCCAAACAAAAAAGAAGCCCUCGUGCAGUUAAUGUGCUACUAAGAUUAAUUGUUAAAACGAUAUCCAUUUGACUGAAUUAAAUGUCAGGCGUAGGAUUGUUCUGUGCAACUUUUUAAAUUGUUUAUUUGGGUGAUUUAGUCUCAAAUAUAAUCAUUUGGACAAUUAUGUUAUUAUGAAACCAAAAUAAUAUUAACAUAAAGAUUUACAAAAUGGAAGUCUACAUGUUUGGCACCUUGGGUAAAAGUUGUAUUAUUUGAUCCUAAUUGCUGUAUUUUAUAUCCAAAUAAUGUCUAAGUAAAAGUGUCAACAUAUUUUUAUUUUUAAUAAUUGAAAUAUUAAUAUAACUGAAGUUAAGCCAUUGUUGACAGACCGUAAAAAUGAGGGUUUUUUGUGUGGGGAGGGGGGCUAAUUGGUCCCAAUUGUUGAUUUUUACAUUUAUUUGGUCGCUGUGGCAAUUGUAAAUAGGCCAAUCAAUCAAUCGAUCAUCAAUGGCACUACAGCCCAUGUAGGGCCCUGGCCUGCUCCACCACAUCCUUCCAUUCGGAGCGAUCCAUGGCUUUCCGUCUCCAUGCUCGAACCCCUAACUGGUGUAAAUCUGUCUCCACAUCAUCAAUCCACCUCAUCCUUGGGCGACCAAUGAGUCGUCUGCCCCUAGGCUUCUGCCUGUAUAUGAGUUUGGCUGGUCUGUAAAUAGGCCAAGCCGUUGAUUAAUAAAAUAUAUUGUCUAUUAAUGUCUGAUUGCAAGUUUUUGUUUCUUCCUCAUCAGUUUCCAAGGGCCCAAUCAACAAAGUGUGACGAUUAAUUACUCUCAGUCACAGUGCUUUGGCCUGGCUAGACGAUCACGACAGGCCCAGGUUCAAAUUCCAACGCUGUAUAACAUUAAGACAAAGCAGAUAUCACCAAUACCACAAGCUUUGUACAAUGCUGACCAGAGUGUCAUUGCGAAACUAGAAAGGUGGCUCCCUAAACAUAUUUAUUUGCAAGCUUUAGUAAAACGUCAACAUACACUUUUAUUUAGUAAUAUAGUUGCAUAUAGUAUAAAACAUGUUUUUGUAUCGAAUUUUAAAAAAAAAUACAUAUUUUACCAUUAAUUUUUCAAUUUUAAUUAAUAUUAUUUUUUUCAAAUACUGUAAUCAUAUUUGUCAACAGUGAUGGCUGGGUUGUCAGAAACCAGCGUGCAUUUAUGCCCCAGCUCACAUAUGAGCGAGUGCAAAUCUGUUGUCCAUGGGACCAGAACUGUGACCAGAGUAAAUAAACAUUUUGGUUUAUUUUUUUUUUUAAAAAGUGAAAAUUUCAUUUGUAUUUCAUGCUUUAAUAUAAGAAAUAUAUAAUUAUAAUUAAAUGUUAAAAUUAAUUUUGAUUAACAAUCAAACAUUAAUUCCUUGAUUGUUUCAAAUUAAUAUUUGGAUCAUUAUCAAUCUUGACAGAUCAGCCAAUCCAAGAUUCCCCUGAUAUCACUGCCAACUCCCCAUGUGUAAAUGGUGGACAGCUGACAUUUGAGGAUGGACAACAAGUAAGUUAAUUAGAUGGCCUCAUUCAAUAUUAACUAAUUUUAAACAUUUUGCAUUUAAGCAUUCUAUUUCCUUCCUAAAUAAAUCCUCUAGAAAGACAAUUAUUGAUCUUAUUUAAUUUAUAAUGACUAUGCUGUGCAUAUAUUAUUAAAAUGAUCUUGACUUUGUAUCACCUGAAUUACAGACAAUUGAAGAGAGCUAGUUAUUAGUUAUAAUUAUAGUUGUGAAUUAAAUUUAUAAAGUUAAGUCUUAAAAUAGCAUUUAUAUAAUUAAAUUUUGAAUAUUAUUAUUCAUGUUAAAGCUAUUAAAUUAAAUGUUAGUUUUGAAUUUCAUUUUCCCAUUUAAGAUAAAGCUUAAUGACAACUAAUUGUUUUCUUUCAUGAUUUUCUUAAAGAAAUGCAGGUGCCCAACGGGGAAUGUGAAGUAUGUGGGAAAAUUGUGUCAUAUUCAAGAAACUAGCCAGACUGUUGCCCCCAACCCAUCAUCUGGUCCAGCCAUUCCCGUGACCACCACAUAUGGCCGUUAUGGUGAUAUGGCAGUACAAGAUGCUGAGAUUCUUAGACAGCAGGUAGGCUACACAAACUGUGAAAAAAAUCUUAAUCUGAUGCUGGAUUAUUAUUAGUAAAUGAUUAUAAGAAGAAAUCAUCCUUAUUUUAAUACGUUGUGUUCAGAGACAGGAUGAGUCAAUGUGUUGCCUUAGUCUGGUAAUCUUUUUGGACAUUUUAAAAAGCUGUGUAAUUCUUUCGUAAUCAUUUUUCGUUUAGUUAUUUUUUUGCAAUUAAAAAUAAAAUUAUGUAAAUUAAUUGAAUUAACACUUACUUAUUAUUCAGCAACGAUUGAUGUCACAGGCCAGCAAUCGUCCUGUCAUGGAACCAAGACAAAGUCCAAUCACUGCUUCUUAUGAUCCAUGGGGUACGGGAAGAUUUCUCUUCAAAAUCAUUUGGAUUUAAUUUUAAAGCUUAAAAUAAUAUGUCAAAAUAUUAUUUUGAACUUGAUAAAAUUGAAUCAUUAAAAUAGAGUAGAUAACUAUAUAUCCAAUGCAUCAUUUGUUUAGAUUUAUUUUAACCAGACUUUUUAGAGAUGUGACAUGGAGAGACCUUUCACAAUAUGUAAUAUAUAGUAUGAAACAUCUUGCUGAUGUUGAUUAAUCCCAAAAUAUUAAUUGCAGAAUUGUGAAUAUUUCUAAUGUAAGUUAUGAAGCUAUUCAAUAUUAUUUGAGUAAAUAUACUGUAGUUGGAUGGUAAAUUGGAUAUAGUAUAUAAUAUAACUGAUUCCAGUUCAGUGAGGGUCCAAUGAGGUAUCUACUUCAUCCCAUAUUUCUAGCAAUGAGGCUUCUAUAUAACCAUCUUUAUAAUGUAAAGCCUAUUCAAUAUGGUCAUAUUAUUAAUCUCAGCUCAACAGGCAGCACUCUGGCACCAGCAGGCACUCAGGGCCAAAUUUGCACAACUGGAAGAACUUUAUAGACGGACACAAGGUAGGAGGUCAAUUCUAAGAAUGUGCAAAAUAUAAUAACAAAGGCUAAUUUAAAAAUCAUUAACUUGUUACCCAUUGAUUUGAUGCCACAGGAACUAAAUAAAAAUACAGAAAUAUAUCUCAUUGCAAACCCUUUACAUCGAAGUUCACUUGGAGUUAGUGUUAUCUUGAAAAAAUGUUAAUAGCAGAAUUGUAUAGCAGCGUUACACAUAUAGAAGCAUGAAACAAAUACACAUUUAAAAGUCUAAGUGUAAGGCUGUUCAAAAUAAGACUUAAUAUUGAUUCCAAAAAUAAUUUUUUUAAACAUAUUUCAUAAUAAGUCUCUAAAAAACGUUGGUUGUAAUCAUCAAACAUGAAUUUAACAAAAGACAUUUUAAUAUGAGGCAUUGGUCAAUUUGAUAAGAACUUUUUGUUUCCUGAACAGAUGCCCUUAAUCUUAGAACAAAUUUAUUUUAAACUUUGAGGAAGCUAUUUAAUUUUGUGAAAUUUAAGAAGUUCCCAUUAAGCUGAAAUCAGUAACAUACAUUUGAACAUGUUGAUCUUCAGCUUUUAAUGUCAAGGGUUACCCAGCAUUUCAAGGUUUUCCACCUAGAGCUUCACCAUGGUUGCGACCUGUACCUGGCAGAAAUUUUAAUGUUGCAAAACCUAUUCCUGGCAGAGGUUUUAACGUUCCACAACCUGCUCCUGGAAGAGGUAUUAAUGCGCCACAACCUGUUCCUGGAAGAGGAUUUAAUGUUCCACAACCUUUUCCUGUAAGAGGUUUUAAUGUUCCACAACCAAUUCCUGGCAGAGCUUCACCUGUUCCACAAAAUAUUCCUGGCAGAGGUUUUAAUGUUCCACAACCUGCUCCUGGAAGAGGUUUUAAUGCUCCACAACCUGUUCCUGGAAGAGGAUUUAAUGUUCCACAACCUUUUCCUGUAAGAGGUUUUAAUGUUCCACAACGUUUUCCAAGAAGAUAUUUUAAUUUUCCACAACCUAUUCAUGGCAGAGAUUUGAAUGUUCCACAACCUAUUCGUGGCAGAGAUUCGAUUGCUCCACAACUUAUUCGUGGCAGAGGUUUUAAUGCUCCACAACCAAUUCGUGGCAGAGUUUCAAAUGCUCCACAGUCAUUUCCCACCAGAGAUUCCUUUAUUCUGCAACAUUUUCCUCUCCAAAGUCCUGCCAAUCUGCAGCCAGUUCGUAUGAGGGGUUACCCCCUUGCAGAACCUGAGAGGGGACAAAAUCUGUUCAAUCAAAUUCUGAAAUCUAUAAUCAGCAAAAGAAUCAAUUCUCUGAAGUCACGAACUGAUGCCCAAAACAGAAAUCCAUAUAAUGCCAUCAUUUCUCCAGGUAGCCAGUUUGCAUGAAACAAAAUCAGUUUCCCAUUUAGGCCAUGCUUGUGACCAACUAAGCUUUGAGUUUUUAAAAUAUGCAAAACUUACGACUUACUGCAUGAUAAUGUUUAGAGGUGGAUGCAGGCAAAGGGGAUGGUUGACAAUGAUAGAAUAACCCUCUUUGAAGAAUCCAGUGGUUAUCUUUUUGCAAAUAUAUAAAAUGCUAUUAUAUGUAUUUAUGAAACAAUAAUAAUAUAUGACAUUUAUUUAUAAUAGAGUUUCUUCCCCAAUAUUCCCCCCCCCCCAAUCCCUUUUCAUUGUUUCCACCACUGAUUAUCCCUUAUAUUAUGAUGAAUACCAAGUCAGUUAUUGUCAUUGAAAUUGAAUAUUUGCUAGAUCUACUAAUAAUAUCUAUAUUGUGCUUUCAGCCAGAAUUAUUUUUCAUGAAAUUGAUUUAAUUAAUUGUGUUGGUCUCCCGCCUUAGACCCACAUAUUACCUACCUGCAUGUGUAUUCCUUUCACAGCACAUUCUGAAUAAAGGAUUUUUUUUUUUUCAACACCUUUCCCUCUUACAAAAAGCAAAAUAUUACAGAUUUACUUAGCGCUUUAUCCCGCAGCUAUUUGAUAAUUUGGUGGCUUACAAAAUUUUGUAAUGAAACCUUGUUCUUGUGUUUAUGUUACCCGAGAGUUAUUGCCCUAUAACAAAAUUAAUAGCCCAGCAUUUAUUCAUGAAAUAAUAGGCUUUAAAUAAAUUAGAAAUUAUUGACAAACUGGCAGCUACUAAACUGUAAAUUUGUUUUGCUCACUAAAAAUAGCUAAACUUUUACCCAUGUAAUCAUUACACUGCGUUUUCAAAGCAUGCUUAUUGAAGACUAAAUUAUAUUUGUAUUUACAUUGUAUUGUAAUCCAGAAUUCAUAUAAUCAUAAUCAUUUCAAGGAUCAACCCUUAUUUAAAAAAACAAAACAAAUUUAAAACCUACUUAAACUGAUAUAAAAGUUGGCAUUGACAGACUGGGUCAAAAGAAUUUUGGUUGACAUUGGUAAUUUGUUCAAGCUAUUAGCUUUUUGUUUAAUGUCCAAAGGGUACAUUUUCCCUGGUGCCAAAUUGCCUCCAGUCAUUUGGAUAUAUAGACUGGCAUUUCAAGUGCAUUGAGUUAGUUAAAUAUUCCAGGAGUGAGGAAUUGGUUCCAACAAACUCAGUGUCAUUGUCAAAGGUCAAAGUUGUAACCAAUUGUAUUUAUGUGGAGUAAACAUGAGUAUCAAAUUUCAUGAAAAUGUUAUUUUACUAUUUGUUUUGCUAGUGUUAUUUUAAUCUACAUAUAAAAAAUGCCAUUAUUUAGCAGAUCUGGGUUCAAAGAGCUGGAGUCUCACAACUAUUAUUUACUCUACGGAAAUCGAGUAGGCUCUUCAUUAAAGUUGUUAAAUAUUACCUAUUAAAAUUAUGUCUAAAAUAUCAAAACUAGAUUAUAAGAAGUGUGAAUAUUAGGCAUGCCUAUGCUACAAGUUACGGAAAUUCUGAUUGGGCUUUUCAUGAAAUCAAAAGGCAUAUUAAUUUUGAAGAUAUAUAUUUAAAUUGAUAUUGGUGUCCUAAUUUCAAAAAUUCUUGACAACUAAUUAACCAGGUCAGCUGCCACCUGGAAUGAUUCAAGCAGCCUAUGCCAUUCGACAAGAGCUCCAGCAACAGGAACGUGGUCCAGGAAACCCAUAUAGGUAAGUUAUAGUUAAAUAGAAGAUUAAUAUAAUACACAGAAGAUUAAUAUUGUGUAUUUAAAAAAGAUUUCAAGUCAUAUUUUGAAAAAUCUAAUGUAGUCAAACAAAUUCUUUAGAUAUGAUGGAAAGGGCAGGGGAUUGACUCCAGAGAAACAUACAAUUCAUCUACUUCUUUUUAAUUACUCUUUAAAUGAAUGUCAUUUAACAAAAUAUAUAUCUUUAAAAGAUAAAUCAUUUAAACCAAUAUCCUUAUACUGACAAUUAAUAAAAUAUGUCACUUUUCAAAUUAAUUUAAAGCUUAUUAGCACAAAAAUAUUAAUUAAAUUAAUUUUGUGUGUGAUGUAGUAAUUUCCAAGACAGCCCUUAUAUCAAUUCAAUGGCUAACCAGAUGCAAGGAGACCAACCCCCGCAAGGUGAACAGUUUUUUAAUUCCCUUUUUAUCACAAAUAGAAGUCGGAUGACUUUUAGAAAUUGAAUUUUUAUUUUUUUAAUGCAUUUGGAGAUGAAUAUAUAUAUUUCGGAAUUUAUUUUCAAUUAAUUUUGCUUUUCAAUAGUAAACUUCUAAUUAAAUCAGACUCAAGCAGAAAUUUAUGUCUUACAGUUGCUACUUAAUUUAGACCUGUUUACUCUUACGAUUUGGGCGUACAGUGUACGAUUUUGAGGUGUAUACAUUUUAUAUACUGUAUGUUUUUUUUUUACUAUUAAGAUAAUGUAUUGGACGCUUUUGAGAUUAUAUUGUACGAUUUUUAGAGUUUGAGGGUAAACAUGUCUGUUUAUUUUCAUAAAUACUUGAAACUUAACCCAACGUAAACAUUUUUUUAAAAUUAUAAAAUUUCAAUUAUAGCUUUAAAUAAUUUUAUCAACUUGUUAAAGGUAGAGGUCUUCUUUUUAUUAUUUUUACACAAAUUAAUAAAGGCUAAAUGUUACAGGUGCAAGGGUUCCUGAAGCUAGGACACCUUGGGAUCUUGAUCCAUUUGGUCAGCAACAAAAUCCUGUGUUCAUGAAUGACCCCAGGGCUACCAGAGUUAGAGCUCCUGAAGGAUUCAACAACGACAGACAAAUUCUGGCACUUGCAGUCUACAAAGUAAGAAUGAAACAAGGCAACAGUGGAUAAAUGACAGUUUAAACUUCAAAAUUUAUUUAAUACAAAGUUUAAUUUAGGAGCAGCUUCUUUUCCCCAAGAAACAUAAUAGUUAGGAGGAAGUUAAUUUAGCGAUAUCAUCAAUAACCCAAAUAGUUAUAUUUUUCUGGUUCCAACUCUCAUGAAAAUAAUGUAAGCAUUGAUUUAUUUAAUUCAAAUUCUUAAUUUAAAAAUUUCACACAAAUUUUGCAGAUUUCAUUCCAUUUCCUGCCAACUUGUCUGUGGUAUGUUAGGAUGAGUAAUGAGUAAUUUCUAACAAAUCAUUUCUUCCAAAAAUAAACAGUGGUGAAUAAAACCAUUUCAAACAAUGAUUACAGGUCUUCCAGGCAGUCACCAUGUUGUUGUUUUUUUAAUAAUUAAAUUUUAUCUAAAAUUUUUAAUAUUCCUCAGCACAUUCUAAACCAACAGAGAGCAAGGCUAGCAGCAGGUUCCCCAAUUAAAAGGUGUGUUAUUUAAAUUUUGCUAAAUUGAUCAGAAGGGUCCUAAAUAUUUUUCACUCAUACCUUGGACCCUCAAUGAUUUACUGGUAAAAUAAAUAAUAAUGGCAAACUUCAAAAACUGCAUAACUAGGGAAUCACAAAAAAUUAGCAAUGAGGUAUAAGCUCCAGGGGAAACAUUGGGGGUGUCGCAAUAGUCAUUACUCAUUAAAAGAAUAUUUUUACUCACUGUGCACAAUGUAAAGACAUAGUCUUAGGAUCAUGUCUUUUUUUUUUCAUGGUUAUUAAAGUUAUUAUCAUUAUUUUUAUAAUUAUAUAGCUAAUUACCCCAUUUAAAAUAUGAAACCUACCAAGUGAUGGUGCUUAUAAAAAAUCAAGGAAAAGUAAAUGUAAUUUAAAAUCACAGUUAUAAAAAUUUAAUUUUUUUAAAUUUAUAGGACAAACAUGUUAAUGUUUACUGCCAUUUUGUAAUGCCCUGGUUGAUAUAAAAUGAACUGGGGGAGGAUGCCCUGGUCACCCUACCACAACUAUACAUAUGCGUGUACACUACUUGUGUGAUAAGCUUCUUAUUUUAAAAAUAUAUAUUAUUUUAUUUUAAACCUGUAAAUAUUUCCACCUAUGAGUUGUGCAGUCAGUAUCUUUGAAGGUUUUGUCCUUGAUAAUUACAUAAUUGGCUUUAAGAUUCCACUGACAAUGAAAAUGAGGGAUCAAACUGUAUUUUUCGAAAAUAAUUUUACAACAAUCUUUUCAACAGUGUGAAUCAGCCGAUCCCAACUCAGGACCACAGCAAAAGUCCAAACCCAGGUAACUUAUUGAUCUCAGAUAUACCAACAUAAUAAUAAAAUAUAUUAAUUAUUAUAAUUUAAUUAAAUGUGUUCUUUUUUGAUAAGUAAAUGAUAUUACUUCAAAUUAUUUGCUUAAAUAAAUAUUUGUAUAAUUUUUUAAAAAUUUCUUGAGCUUCUUUUAGCCAAUCAGGAAGUUUGAUAAAAGAAAGGUUUAUUAUUUGAUUUUAAUAUCUAGGGUAAAUGAUUAAAAAUUUUUGCAAGCAACAAAACAUAAACUCUUAAAAAACAUGAGAACAAAAAAAAAUUAAUUAACAAUUAAAUUAUUUUAAUCCCCGAUAGGUGUCAAGUGGUCAAAUCUAUUGAUGGCAAUAUUUUAACUAUAUAUUACAUGAAAUGGUCUUAAAUUUCUUAAAAGAUAAAUACAUUUUAUUAAUUUUUGUGUGUAUAUGAAUGCUUCAUUAAAAAUUCUUUGUGUCAUAGUACCCCAGCCACAGCAGCCUAGUGUUGAGCCCCCACAAAUGCAAGCACCUUAUGACAUUACCCAGAUGCGUCAGUGCCUAGCUAAAGUGGAGCCCAAACUUAACGCAUGUUUUCAAACUUAUGAUGUGACAGUAGAGCAGUUCAUAAGUCCAGUAUACAUAGAGAAAUCCCGCAAAGUUUGCCAGUCAGUACAUUAUAUAGGAUAAUUUGUAUUUUAACAUAUAUGUUAUAAAAUCCUUAUAAAGAAAAAAAGGACUAAUAUAAAUUCCCAUAAGUUAAGAAAAUUUUCCAUUGCUAGCAUCUGGAGAAAACAAUAACAAAUAGUAUGGUCUUUCAUGCUAAGAAAGAUAUGCAACCAUAUUUUAAGAUCUCGUCAUUGUAUUUUUUAAAAUAAUUUUAAAUGAAAUGUAACCUACAUAUUCAAUGUCAAUCAGUAACUUGUGGCAUUUAAUGCAUUCAUCAACUUCUGUCUUAAUGCACGAGUUUUGUAAAACUAACUUACAAGCUUAACAUUGGUUGUUAUUAAUAUUCUUAGUAUAAUAAUUCAUUUAAAAAGUUCCUUUUUUUAAGUUCAUGAGUUAAUGAUUUUGAAUAGUUAUUAGUUCACUGUUAUAAAUAUUCGAAAAUUAAUUAAACUUUUACUUUCAUAGCUGAAACUAUUAGCAAAAAAAAGUUGGUUGUUCCUUAAUCUUUCAAUGUUUUUAAGGAAUGGUAACACUGUGGGACAGUGCAUUCAAAGCCUAGAGAUGGCAUGUGGUGAAGCAGCAGCUCCUACAACAAGACAAAUGGUGAGCUCAGUUUUACGCACAAUGUCCAUGGUGUGUCAAGAAAUCAUGGCUAGAGGUGAGUUAAUUAAUCUAAGCAGUAAGGAAGAAUCUGAUAUUAGACUUUCAUAAUUCUGAAUCCAUUGCUAUACAAUGUAGCAAAAUUUGAAACUUACUGUGUAUCUAAAAAAUUGUGACUCAGCCAGCUUUUCUAUUAGCAAUAAAGAUAAACUGACAAAUGGCAUCAACAUGUGUGCACACAUAAUACUUGGAGUAAGAAAUCCCAUUUAGCAAACUACUUUUUGGGGAUGGUAAGACUUAGGGAAAUUAUAUCAAUUUUACUUCAAUAAGGUUUCUUGAAAGGUGAAAGGAAUAUAGAAGGAGCAUGGCUUAGCAGACUUAAAAAUUAUAUUUAUUAUAGCCAUAUACAAAAAAUUAUGAAAGAUAUCUGAAAUUUGAUUAUGGUACUAAAUAGUAUCAAACAUUGGCAAUGUCAGAGCUGGGGGAAGGGGGUAAAUCAAAAUGCAUCUUCACUGAGGCUGCAACACUCUAAUAUUAAAAAUAUACAUAUUAAUAUGUAGAUGAAACAAAAAAAACUUUAAUAAAAAAAUGUUCCCCCCCCCCCCUCCCCUGUUGCUGUCAAUAUUAACUAUUAUCAUUUAGAUAUGAAUUCAGCCAUUUUAUGGAGUAAGAGGCUCAUGAAAUAUGUAGAUAAAAAAAAAAAAACUUAUAUAAAAAAAUCUUCCCCCCCCCCCCUCCCCUGUUGCUGUCAAUAUUAACUAUUAUCAUUUAGAUAUGAAUUCAGCCAUUUUAUGGAGUAAGAGGCUCAUGAAAUAGUAAUCAUGCUUGUAAUCUUUGUCAGCACAUGCUGGUUCACAAGCUAUUCCAGUUGAGCCUCCUGUAGAACUACAAACCCAAACUACUGAACAAAAAACAGGUCUAAAGUUUAUUUAAAUUCUUCAUAAAAAUAAAACAUAAAGACUGUUGCGAUAGAUACGGUACUGAAAACUAAUAAAACAAUUUACUUCAUGCAAUAAAAUCACAUCGCAAAAUAUGUAUCACAGUGGGGUUUUAAAAUGUGUAUAAAAUAGAUUGAAUACAAUGACUUUUAUUUGUAUUUACUAGCUCUUCUUCAAUAUAUGAUAUAUUUGUGUGUGUGACACAGAGCUGCCCCAAGAACAGCAGCAGCAACCAGCACAAGGACAGCAGGAGAUGCCCACACCUGAGGAACAGCAGCUGAUGAUUGAAUGCCAGAAAGUUCUUGAACCAGUGCUCAAUGACUGUUUGAAGGAAUAUGAUAUUACCAUAGACCAGUUUAUGAAUCCUCAGUACAUGAGCAAAGCACAAGCCCUCUGCGAGUAAGCUCAUGAAUGACUGUUUGAAAUGUCCUAAAUAUAUGUUGACGGAUGUGAAAUCUCUUUGAAAUAUAAGUUUUAAAACAAUGAGAAUUAAAUAAAACUGCUGUUAAAUAUGUUCAAUGUUACUUUAUUUAUAAACUUUUGUCAUCAUUGUUAUUAAAUGUGUUUGUCCAUCAGUGAUAACACGGCUGUAGGACAAUGUAUCAUGCAGAUGGACAAAGUAUGUGGGGAUUAUUCUCAAAAAACAACCAAGAAAAUGAUCCACUCUAUCUUAGGAAUGAUGGGAAUGGUCUGCAAGCACAUCCAGGAAAGGGGCGGUAAGUAAGUCAUGCAGUAAUCACAAAAUAUUACUGGAAAGGGAAGUAACAUCUGUUGCUGAGGAUAGUUAAUUAUUGUUUGGUAAGAGAAAAUUAUUAAAUUUUGUAAUGGCAACUUCUGAAUAGAGAAUUUAUAUUUAAUUGUUUUCAAAUAGAGAAUUACACAAACUUUUGAAAUUAAAUUCUUUUCUUAAAAGCCAUUUAUCAUUGCUCUCCCAUCAUAUGACCUAAUGUUUGUUCACUCUUUUAAAGGAGACAACAAAAUUUCCCCCACUUCUGGUGCAGUACCAAUCAAAGGCCAGCCCAUCCUGGAGGAAAAAGCACCCAUUGAGGAGCCACCUAUGUCAAAAACUAUCCAACAGCAACCUGGUAUUUUUAAUACUCAAUAAAUUAUCUAGAACAUAAUGAUCUAAAUUCACUGACUAUUCUUUAUGGAAUGUUAUGUUAAAGGGAAUUUUAAUAAUAUUAAAAUGUGUAUGUGAUCAAAGUCAGUUAAAUGAAAUUGAAUAGCUUACUACUAUUGGACUUUAUUGAUACCUUUCCAUAUCACUUAAUACAAAUGGCAAAAAUUCUAACAAAUCUGUUAAUUCUUAAUCACUAAUAAAGCAAACAUGCAACAUGUAACCUUUGUUUUUAUACAAAAAUAAUAUACAAUGCUUACAGAUAAUUUAAACUCCAAUAUAAAUUUUUAUUUUUCUGAAAAUUACAGAGUUGGGAGUCCCCCUACAAAAUCAAUCCCAAACUGAAGGUCAAGGUGAGCAACCAAUGCAUACCGAAGAGGAACAAAAAAUUAUGCAUCAAUGCCAGCCUGUCUUACAGAGCAAAUUGAAUGAAUGUCUUCACCAGCAUGGUGUGACCGUCCAGGAAUUCAUCAACCCAGAAUACAUUGACAAAGCUCGCAACGUUUGUCAGUGAGUAGCUAACAUAUAUAUAUAUAUAUUUUUUUUUUUAUGACAUCAUCUUUAAAAAGGCUGUUACAUCUAUAUUAAAACUUUGAGCAUAAUAUGAACAAUAAAUCAUUUGCUUCUUUUAUAAGUUUUGAUUUUUGUGUAAAUUUAUCCUACUAUGAGGGAGAAAAGCCACUUUUCCAUCUUUUUAAGAUACAAUUUUGAUAUAGUAAUGCUUAUCAUAUAUAUGUAUAUAGGAAGAGAUUAAGAUGUUUUUGAAAUAUUUGACUCUACUGAAUCCCAGCUCUUUAUUUAACUAUUGACAGAGACAGUAUUUCUGUUGGUCAUUGUUUAAGACAGCUCGAUAAGACCUGUGGUGACGGGGCCAUCUUGGUCACAAGAAAGGUUUUGACCUCCAUCCUCCAAAUGAUGGGAAUGGUGUGUCAAAAAAUUCAGGCCAGAGGUCAGUUGUUUUUCUCUAAUUUUGAAUUCUAGAGUUCCACGUUGAAAUCUAAUCUCGUUUAAUGAUUGUUUUACGGUCAUCACUUUAUGAGAAACAGCAAAUAAACAGAAAUAAAUACAAAUAUUUAUGAGCAAAUGGAAUAUACUCAACUGCUGGUAACCAUAAAAUCCCAGUCAUGUCCCUAUGUGAAAAAUUGACUGAUAUUAUUAUUAAGGAAGUUAAUUUCUGAGAUGAGCUGUUUGGCUUGCACCUUUGUUCUGCAAAAUUAUUGUUUUUUUCUGAUUUGUUAACUGCCAUUUUUAUUUUUCAAGUCCUAUAACAAAAUUUAAUUUCUAAAUGUUAUUUUAUGUAAAGGAGAGAGCCCCAUGGCUCCAGCAACUGCUGGUAACCAAGGGCCUAAUAACCAUGAUGAGUUGGUAGCAAAACCAACAACCAAUGCUCUUCCUCAGGAAAAGGGUCAGAAUUUAUUUACAGUUUUCUCUUUGAGAUUAAUUAAUUCUAAAGCAAUUUUUGUAAUUCCUCUUUAAGAUAUUCACCAUCAUUUUGGCAAUAGUCAUGAUUAUUGAAGUUCAAAAAGAAAUUUUUUCCUUUAAUUAUUAAAGUUUAUAGUCAGUUUCAUGAGAGACAUUGAACCCAAUCGAUCCUGGAGACACCCACACAUUUUAGGAAAAUGUUUUGUAGACCUAAAUAUUUUUUUUAAAUAAGCAUGUAAUUAAAUUUCAAAUAAAAAAACGUAUUUGUUUAUUUUAUGAGUGGUAGCUGCGUAAUAUUUUUUUAAAAAGAAUAUUGUGGCAUUUUUUUAUUAUAUUAAAAAGAAUGUAUGCUUUUAAAGUCUGGUGACAAAUCAUACAAACUCUUUUACAAGCUGUGGUAAACUGAAAAACUAUGAAAAUAUGCAUAUUGCUUUGAUAAUUUAUAGCCCUUAUCUUUUAGGCAUUACAAUUUUGAAGCAUGUAAUAGGCAUGGUGGAAAUGAUACUGAUAGGGUAAUUGCAUCAGGGGGGACAACACCACAAAGCACACAAUUUGAAUCUUAAUAACUUAUCUUUUUAUAGAAACAAGUGCACCAUCUCAGCAACAACCCCAGACUCAGGAAAGUCAAGAUGACCUUUCAGUGCCAACCCAGGAGGAACAACAACUGAUGCAGCAAUGCCAGCCUGUCUUGCAGAACAAGUUGAACGAGUGUCUCCAACAGCAUGGAGUGACUGUCCAGGAAUUCAUCAACCCAGAACACAUUGACAAGUCUCGUAAAGUUUGUCAGUGAGUCAAUAACAGCUAAGCUUGUAACUUUGUGUUUCUCAUGGUCACUUGACCAAGCUGCUUGUCACUGUGUUCUAAAUUGAGGCAAUUGAGUUGUCUCACAGAAAACUCAAUUGCAUCAAGGAGAUAAUUUUUUUAAAAUAAUGCUGGCUAGGAGAAUGAAACAAUGUAGUUGAUGUUUCUUAUUUCCCCUAAAGUUGAGUUUUACAUGUAGUUGAUGUUUCUUAUUUCCCCUAAGGUUGAGUCGUACAUGUAGUUGAUGUUUCUUUUCCCCUAAAGUUGAGUUGUACAUGUAAUUGAUGUUUCUUAUUUCCCCCUUAGUUGAGUUUCAUAAGUAGUUGAUGUUUCUUAUUUCCCAUAAAGUUGAGUUUUAUAUAUCUUACACAGAGACAAUGGUGCUGUAAGUCAGUGUAUUGUACAACUGGACAAGUCCUGUGGUGAAACAGCAACAGUGACCACAAGAAAGAUGUUGACCACCAUCCUCCGAAUGAUGGGAAUGGUUUGUCAACAAAUUCAGGCCCAUGGUGAGAAUGAACAGAAUUUUGUUUAAUCCACCUGAACAAUAACUUGUUGCUCAAUUUCAACCAAUAUGUCUCGAAAAAACAGCAGCUGUCUUUUGAAACUGCAAUUAUAUCUAGCUUGUUAUUUAAGCUCAGUUUUAACGAUUCCCACUGUUUUUAUCUGUUGAAAUUCUUGGAGAGGAACUUCGUAUAAAUCACUAUUGACAAUAAACUUUUAAUUAAGUCUUAUCAAUUUAUUUAAGGAUGUUUCCUGAAUAUUUUCAAUUUUGUUUAACAUUUAAGCCCUCUCUGUGCUAUCUCACCCAGGUGAUCAGCCCAAGCCCAGUGUUCCAGCCCAGUCUGUGCAGGAACAGCAAGGUAUUUUGAAUUAUAUUCUUGAGAAUGAGGAUAAGCUCAACCUUCCAGCUCUUUUGUCUCAGUCAUGCCAUUCUCAUUACCCAUUGCCUUUAUUGUUAUUCACCGGUUACCACAGUUAUUUUAUCUAUAGCACAAAAGUCAGUAUUUAAAGAGGUUGCUUUGCAUAAAAACUUGUUGAUUUCUGCAAUUCUGAGCCAUGAGUCCUGAAUCAUUCUCUAACUUUGAUAUACUUGAAAUUACUCUUUAAUCAAUAAAGUUUUUUUUUUUUUAAACAUUUCCAACAGAGCAACAGCAACAUCAAGUUCCAAAAGAUGGACAAGCCCAUAUUCCAGGCAAUGCUCCUCAUAAUGGAGAACACAAUCAACCAACACCACAAGAGUUAGAGAGUAUGAAAAAAUGCCAAGCUUCCCUAGAACCUAGACUGAAUGAAUGCUUAAAAGGACAUAGUCUCACAAUUGAACAGUUUGUCAAUCCUGACUUCAUGGAUAAAUCUCGGGCUCUUUGCAAGUAAUUUUUUAAAUGUUUAGAACUGAAAUUGUAAUAUCUAAGCAAGCAUUUCUUUUUAGCUUGGGGAAGGAAGGGGGGGGGGGGGGUUAAAAAUGUCUUUGCAACACAAAAAAAUGAUAGAGAAUGUGGUGCAGAAUCUUCUACUGGUUUUUAUAAGGGAUGAAUUUGGUUGCACCUUUUUUUUAAAUUUGUUUUGCACUCUGACUUUGUUUGGAUGGGAAAAGUUUAAAAAAAAAAUAAAGCAGAGAGUUUAACAUAAAUAUAAAUACCGGUAUUUAAAGAAAUUACUUACUAUUAAAUGUGUUUUUGUUUUUUACAGUUCUUACUCUAAUCAUCACCUCCAUUACCAACAAGCACACAUAGAAAAAAUUAUAAUUUAUAAUUAUUUCUUUUGCAUCUUACUCUGACGGUUAUUAACUGCAGGUGGUAAAGAAAUUUAUUUUUUGACCUCCUUUAAUAACAUAUUGCUUCAUCUCUACAAAUGGUACUAUAAAUUCUUAAGUAAUGUACAAUAAUAUACGAAGCUACUUUCUUUGUUCCUUCUUGUCUAGAGACAGCAAUGCUGUAGGGGAAUGUAUCAUGAAGCUGGACACGGUUUGUGGUCAAGAUGCGGUGGACACAACAAGGAAGAUGAUUCACUCCAUCUUGAGUAUGAUGGGCGGCGUUUGCCAGAAAAUUAUGUCCUUAGGUAAUGAUUUAGCAUAUUUAUAUUGCCUACAUAGUUACAACCCCCAAAUAUUGUCUAUUCCUAUUGCCCAAAUAUUUACAACCCUUAAGAUUGUCUAUAUAUGGCUUACAUUUAAUUUUAUUUUAAUUGUAAUAAUUUUGUACAUUAGAUUUUGAUAAUGUAACACAGAGACAAGAAAUUAAGAUAAUGAAUUGUAAUAUUUUUUGUGGCAUUUUAAUCUUAGACUCACCACUUCUAAAAAAGCAUUAUUUCAUAAAUCAAGAGUAUAAAUAAAACGUUAAAUGUGCUCCUUUUAAUGAAGCAUGGCCCGGGCCCAUGUACCUCCAUUGACCAUUGCGUCACAACUUGUAUAUACAUCUAUUAACAUAAUUUACUGAUACGAGUUUAAAUUAAUAAAUUAAAAUUUAUGAUUCAAAGCUUCAGUCACUACCAAAAUAUACUGUAGUAGUUCUUCUAAUUGUAUUUCAUAAGGUGAGCAAGGAGUCCCAACGUCUAGUAAAGGCAUCCCCCGUGGACCACUCUUACGUAGUGGAGGAAUGCCACCCAACACUCCAGCACAAUCAAAAGGAAAUGAUGUCAAGUCUCCUCUGCCUAAUCUAGCAUCUAAACAAGUACCCACUUCUGAAGGUAACAUAAAUAUGUUGGAUAGACUAAAUGCUGCCUGAACUAAGUAAAUGUUUUAAUGAAAAUAUCAAAGCAUGAAGAAUGGGUCUCAUAAUUGAUCCAUUAUAGCUACAUAGAAGUGACCUUGCUGAUUGAGGGCAUAGACUUUAUAUUUUCUUCCUUUCACUCGGAAGCAAUUUAUCAAAUAUUCUAGCAAUCUAACCAUGACACCUUGUGAUGCCAAUCUGUGUAAGGAUCAGCAUACAAAUAUUUGAGAUCCCCUACUUAUGUGAAUCGAUGAAAUUAUAUUUAUAUUCUUGGAUAUGUUACUGAAGAUAUUUGAUCCACAGAUAUGUUGCCAUCAGCUGAUGUAUCCAACAACAAUGUUCCAAGUCAACAAGAUGUAGAUGGAGCCUCUGCAAAGGUCAGAUACAGUAUCAAAAGUUUUACCCAAAAAAUUUUUAAACUGUGUUGUAGCUGCUAGCCUGCAUGUUUCUGAUGUAAAGUAAAGCCCGUACAAACUAUAUAACUCAACAAUGCUUGUAAUUUUUAUUUUAAACGCUAAAUUUGUAACAAAAUUUUUGCAAUUUAAAUCAUAACUUAAAUUUUAUUUAGUUCAAUAUUUAAAAAAAAGAUUUGCAUUCAUUUAAAAUGGCAGGACAGAUUUACUUUAUAUCUUCCACUACCAAGCAAAGUAAUUUACAGAUUUGAUAUUCAUUGCAGGCUAAUACUGGUCAUGACACUGCAGAUUACGUUAGCCGUGACUUGGAGAUAUUUGGUUACCCCCUGUGGCUGAUCAUCACACUGAUUCUGAUUCUGGUUGUCCUACUUCUUCUGUUUGUCAUGGUCACAUGUCUGUGCGUGAGACGCCGCCGCCGUCAAAAGAAGGUGGUGAUUACCAAAGAAAUAGAAAAGAUGCCAAUCCCUAUCGAUGAGAAAAUGUGCACCGUAGGCAUCCCACCUCCAUCCUAUACCACCACAGCUGUUCAACAGGUAAACAAACAUUGAAUUUAAGUCAUUUGAUUUCAGAAGACUUCUGGAUUUUUUUUGUAGAAACCAUUAAUUAGUAAAUCCAGACUAAAAUAAGUGAGAGAACCAUAAAUUCAUACAUUGAAAAAUAUAAAGGCAGAUUGAAAAAUGGAUUAUUUUUUUUACACACCAUUUUUUUUUACCAAAACUAAAAUUUUAAAUUGAUGUGGAUCAGAUUAAAACAAUUUAGUUUAAUGUUCAAAAUUUUUUAAAAAAUGGAGUUAAAAUUUUUAUUUUUUUAAAAAUUGUCUUAAAUGGAAAUAUUAAUAAACAAAUCAAUACAAAAGAGCAUUCAAUUGCCUUUAAAAUAAUAACUAGUACUUGUAGGUCACUACAAAAUAAGAGCUGUGAGAUCUACUGAAAAAUACUACGUAUUCAAGAUCUCAAAAUAUUUUUAAAAUCUAUAGUCAAAGGUAGUCAAUAAAUUAUUUUUCACAAUAAUAUAAUGCAAUUUAAAAAAUUUAUCAAGAAUUUAAAAUGUAUUUACUGUUAUAAAUAAAAAGAUUUAAACAGCUUUUCUAAAACUUGUAACUAUUCUUGUUAACCACUAAUAUAUCUAAAAGCUGUUUUCCAGACUGAAUCAGCCAUCUAGCGCUAUAUCAGGUCUCUAUAUGUAUACUCCUAUCCAGACUAAAUUAGCCAUCUAUAGUUAUAUCAGACAUCCAUAUUUAUACAUGUACCUAGACUGAAUCAGUCAUGUACAGUUAUAUCAGACAUCCAUAUUUAUACAUGUAUCUAGACUGAAUCAGCAAUCUACAGUUAUAUCAGAUAUCCAUAUUAAUACAUGUAUCUAGACUGAAUUAGCCAUCUACAGUUAUAUCAGACAUCCAUAAUUAAUACAUGUGUCUAGACUGAAUCAGCCAUCUAGAGCAGUGGUUCUCAAAGUGGGUGUUGUGAUACCAAAACUGGAUGAUGAACUAUUGAAUCAGAAAUAGCCAUUUUUGUUUUUAAAAAAAAAAAAACUGAACCGGUAUACUGUUACUGUUAUGUUUUAAAAAAACGCUGAUCGUAGACACCAGACUAAGAUAAUAAAAAAUGUUCAAACAUUGACUAUUCAGUUAACAACAACACAUUAAUAUGUAGCUCAGCCCUUUGAAUUGACAACACUUUGGGUUAGGUGUCUUUCUUUUCAUCAAAACACAAAUUACUUGGGAAUAUUAUGUAUCAUAACACUGUCCAAUUGGUAAAUCUUAAAAGGCCAGUGAUUUGUGAGUUCAUAUACAUAGGGCUGAGAAUAUACAAGAUAAGAUAUUUGCAUACCAAGACAGCUAUUUUUUUGCAAAUUUAGGUUUUUGCUUAUGUGAAAUAUAAAAAAAAACUGUGUCAAAUGUCCUAGCCAUCAUCACAAAAUCAGGUUUCUAAAUAACUCACAAUCUCCUGAUCAUAUCUUGCCAUAAUUGCAAUGAAUUAAAUUGAUUCAUCCCAAUCUUAAUUAUUGACUGUUUAGGGAUGUCUGUGCUGAGAACAAUGCAGAUAUUUUGCAUUAACCGCUUCAGCCUGAAGGUUUAUUGACAUCAUAAGGCAAUUGCUCAAUUCACAUUGUUAUGUUAUUUGACAAUGUUAGAGCAAUAUUUAAAGACACAAAUUAUUCUCUUGGUUCUAACCACCAAGACAUCCCACUAAACACGACUUGUUUAUUAGUAUUAAAAUCUUAAAAUUCAUAAAAAUGUGCAGAGGAAUGACAAAUCUCAAACAAUGGUAAAAAGAGUUUUGGUGAGAGAAAUAAUUUUUGCAAACCAAUAAAAUGGCAUGGAAAUAUGAACAUUGUGAAUUAAUUUUCAUCUAAAAAUCAUAAAACCAGGAGUUGCAGUCUGCUAUUACUAUACCAAGCCUGAACACAACAUUAAGAAUAAAUUAAUUGAUCACUGAAGACGUUUGAUAUUUAAGACUCUUGCUAAAUAUAUAACCUACUUUAAUAAACUGUCGAAUCAUUUUAUCAAAAUUAUAAGCUAAUAAUCAGUUUCAAGUGAAAGUAACAUUUGUAUUUUGAUUAAUAUAUGAAACACUUUAACUUAUGAUUGUGUAUUUAUUUUGCAAAAUAUAAUAUUGAGAAUACUAAUAAUAUUGUAAGUCAUUUCGCUCGUCUGCUGAGGAUGAGUUUGUGGUCCAAAGGGGUUGGUUGCCAAAAUUUUUUUGAGAACCACUGAUCUAGCUAUAACAUGCUAUUAUGAUUUUCUUUUCAAUUUCUGAGUGAAUGUACAUAACAUGCUAACUUUUAGCAAAAUUAAACCAAUAAUCUUUCACUAGGUUCUCAUUGCUUUCAAAAGAAAAGGCCCAACAGCUUUAAACACUGGCUAACAUUUUGUACUUCAUCACUAAUUACAGUUACAGUUGUAAUCUAUUUGCUUUUUAAGCUUUAAAAUCACCUAACAUACCGUAUAUAAAUACAGCAUCAUUUUAAAUAAUAUUUUUCUAAACUAAUAGAGUUGAUUUAUAAUAACACAUCCACAAUUUACUUAGAACGAGGAUGGCCUUGCCCUUCCACCCCUUGACAUUGGUGAAGAUUCUGUCAGUGUUAACCUGGAUGAGAGUUUUAAUGAAAAACCACCUCUCUAUGAAGACGAGACAGCAGAUGAUAAUGGAAAGAACUAAAUUUGAUAUUUUUGUCAAGGUUUGUUUCCCUUAAUUUUAGCACCUAACUAAAUGUAAAUGUGGAAACCAAAUAAUUUUGAAUUUGACAGAGUUGUUAAAAAUGCUGGUCUUAAACUUUUUGAAUAUUAUUAUUUGAAUGAGGACUUUUAUUGUCAUGGCACUUUUUGCUUCAACUGGCUUUGAAAAUGUUCAAGUCAAAUAUAAAUAAACAAGCAACUAUUUCCCUUUUUCUGAAGUUCAUUUUAAAAUUUUUAAUUUCAUCACUGCUACUACAGCUUACAAAACACUUUAUGGAUAAGUGUGAUACGAUCUAUUAAUAAUUCUUAGUUCAUAAUGCUGUUUUUUCUCGGGAAAAGAGACACUUUGGGUAUAAAAGUAUUUUUUAACUUCAAUGAAUGUACUACAGCAAGAUGAAAAGUUACAGUUUGAUAGAUUUUAAACUGAUUCCAUACAACAAUGCUGUUAAAAUAUUAAAUUUGGAAAACUUAAAUAAUCAAAAUUUCAUUAAUCUUCUGGCUAAUAAGAAAUAGCUUGCUGCUUCAAAAAACAUGCAGUUAUAUAGUCUUACCAGCUUAUCAACAAAUCUUGCUGUGCUUAUUAUACUCUAUUAAUAUUCUGCAAUAUCAUUAAAGCGAUUCUUUGCUGUAAGAUUCCCCUCUUUAUUCACUGCAUGACUUCAGUUGUUUUAUAAACAUUUGUUUGCAAACUCCAAUGUAUGUUUGGUCUGCUAAUCAAAAUGCUCAGAAUUUUGAACUAAACUAUUUUGUUUAAAUUUUGAAUCCAUGCAAGGUCAAAGGUCCAGAUGAAAAUGUUCAUGGUUGAUAGGUCAAAUUGGCAUACAAAGAAUGCAGACUAGUAAAAGUGGUAGGCCUAACUUACAACUUGUUAAAUGAUUUCAUGAUUGUUUUCCUUAACAGGUUUAUGCUACCCCUAAUCGUGAAAAGUGCUGAGAUGUCAUCUUCUUGGUCCUGUGAAAGGAUUUUGGGCCAAACAAAUUGUUUAAGAUGAGGAACAUUUUUUUUUUCUUCUAUAAUUGAUUGAAGCUCCUCCAAGCCAUGAACAUUGUUAUAAAAGAGUUUCGCAACUUACUGCUUGCUAAUGGUACAGUUUUUAAUAUCUAGAAGUUUUAGUCCAAUAUGGUACAAUUUUUAGAAUGAUCCCUGUGUCUGUUACUAUUAUUAAUAUGUACAACAAGACUAGCAUUUUCCCUUUACAUGAAUAUGGUGCUUGGAAUGCAAUAAAAUGUUCUGUCAUGAAGUGUAAUAAAUAAAAUUAUCAAGUCAAAAGUUAUAAUUUGAGUUGAAAAGUUUAAUUCUUAUUGUAUUUUUAAAUUUUAGAUCAAGCACAUGUGGAACUUAAUGUAUUGAUUAAAGAAUACAAUAAAUGCCCUUAACAUAUGACAUACAGAUGUACAUAAGAUGUUUUCAGAUUACCAUGAGUUGAGCAUUAUAUGUAAUUUUGAAAUA